AAAGUUGGCAGCACUGGUCUCCAAUUUCUUUUCGGUAUCAAAAACUAAGCGCUCAACAUGGGUCGUAUGCACGCUCCAGGCAAGGGUAUUUCCCAAUCAGCUCUCCCGUACAGACGCACGGUGCCAUCGUGGCUGAAGCUUAACGCUGAGGACGUCAAGGAGCAGAUCAAGAAACUUGGCAAGAAGGGCCUGACACCCUCCAAAAUUGGUAUCAUUCUGCGUGAUUCCCAUGGCGUGGCCCAAGUGCGUUUUGUCAACGGCAACAAAAUCCUGCGCAUCAUGAAAUCAGUUGGCUUGAAGCCCGACAUUCCCGAGGAUUUAUACCACAUGAUUAAGAAGGCCGUGGCUAUCCGUAAGCAUUUGGAGCGUAGUCGCAAGGAUAAGGACGGCAAGUUCCGUUUGAUUCUGGUCGAGUCCAGGAUUCACCGCUUGGCACGCUACUACAAGACAAAGAGCGUUCUGGCUCCAAACUGGAAAUACGAAUCCAGCACAGCUUCAGCUCUGGUUGCCUAAACGGGCGACACCUUUGUACACAACAUAAAUAAACACAACAAAACCGGAUUAAAUCGAUUUUAUAUUGUUUACAAAUUAAACAUUGGGUUUUUAA